GAUUUUUCUAUUAGUAAUUAUUUGCUAGUGAUUUUGAUAAUAUAUGUUUUCAUUUUAUCUUUUUUCUUUAAAAAAAAUAAAUAAAUCUUAGUGUAUUGAUUUAGCUUGUUUCUUACCAAUUAUAUUUUUAGAUAUAUUUUUCUAUUAUUUAUUUGCUAGUGAUAUUGAAAAUAUAUAUGUUUCUAUGAGUUUUAGUUUUAGUUUUUAUUUUAUGUUUUUUUUUUAAAAAAAAAUCAUUUUCUUAGUGUAUUGAUUUAGCUUGCUUCUUCAAUAGAAAGAUUGUGUUCAAGUUAUAUAUGAUGAAACUUUUGAACAAAUCCAAUCUACAUAUAAGUUUUUUCAAAAAAAAUAUUUUUUUGUUUUGAAGUCUUAGAUAGUGUAUAUUCUUCUUAAUUUAGAUCUUACUAUUGUAGCUAAGAAUAUGUAUAUAUGUAUGUACUUGGAUUUUGUACCCUAUAAAUAUCUAUCCUAUGUGAAGCAUUUAUUUAGUUUAGGGUUUGUGGUCCACUUUUAGAUAUUCGAUAAUAUUGAAACGAUACAGAGAAAAUAGAAUUUUUGAAUUUGAAUCAGGCUUAUCGAUCAAUCGAAUAAUCAACACAGUUGUUGUUUGCAGAUGUAGCAUCAUCAAGAUUCAUACAUGAAAAUUAAGAGGCAAGGUUAAAUAUGUAGCUUUAAUUUGAAAUGGAAAAUAUAAUACAUCAUGACCAUGUCUAUUUAUUUCAAAGUGAGAAUCUUGAUGAUGCUGCAUCAGCAAUAAAUAACUAUCGGUGACAGAGUCAGAAUUUGUAAGGAUACUUAGUAUCUAAUAGGGUUUUGGAUAUAAAGGGGUUCGGAUGAAUCUCUUUUGCCUCCGCUCUAAACCAAUAAUGAGUUGUGGAGACAGAAUUUUCAAAGAAUUCAAUAUUUAUUAUUUAUAUAAUAAUAUUUUUUUGACGUUUUUAUAUUAUUUUAUGUGAUUUUUUCGAUGAAAUGAACCCUUUCGUCCCUCUAGCUUUGCUCCAUCACUCUCUAAGCUAAAGUAAUAGUACGGAUGCUCAAAUUAUUUGUACCUGGAGAUAUAUGAUUAAAUGGAUUUAAUUUCCCUUUAUUUUAUUUUACUGUAUUUUUCAGUACUUUAUAGUAAAUAUUCUUGUCAGUUAUAUAUCUAUUUAUAUAUAUAUGUACUAAUUUUAGUUUGUUUUUUUUUUAAAUUCUAACAGGUGAAAAAUAGAUUCUUUGUUUAUUUUGAGACUGCAGAUCUGUAAUUUCUCUAUCUUACACAGAUUCGGUACGAAAAGUAUAUUUACACAAUCAAAUCGAUUAUUAUAAGGUCAAGGAGUUGGAGAAAACUUCUCAUGGGAAGAGGUUUAAUCAUGGCAAGGCUUGGUCGCAGAAGAAUCCGCAUUGAAAAGAUAGAAAACAAAAAGAAGAGGAGUGUCACAUUCUCUAAAAGGCGUUAUGGCCUUUUUAAGAAAGAAAGUGAGUUAUCAAUGCUUUGUGACAGUCCAAGUGUUACCGUGGUUUUUUCCCCUGACGACGAAACUAGUGUUUACUCGAUUGGGUACCCUUGUGUCAAUUCAGUUCUGGAUAAGUUUAUGGAUGUGAAUCCUCCACAAAACCUUGAUGACACUGACUCCCUCAGUGUAUAUCGUCGAAAUGCUAUUAGAGAGGGGGCGUUGGUUCUAAUGGAGAUUGAAGAAAAGUCUGAAGAAGAGAAAAAACGCAAAAAAAGGCUUGACACGGGAAAUUCAUAUGAAAAUUUGAAUUCCUCUGAGUAUCAGAAUUUCAUCGAACAAAUUGAGAUCGGCUAUAUGGAAGCGGAACAGCUAGCUAUCGAACUAAAGGAGCGUAACGUACCAUUUCCCUACAGUACCUUUGGAGAUGCCUUAGCUCCUAAAUAAAAAAAGUUCCGUUUUAUUUCAAUUUUAAGACUUUUUUAAAUUU